AUGAAGCCCACUCGCCUGGCACCGCACAGACUCCUUCCACCGCCGACGCCCAGCAGCAGCGAGGCGGUGAGACUGAGACUUGGGAACGGGGGCAGUCCUUGCGCUGGCCGAGUGGAGGUUCAUUAUGAAGGGCUGUGGGGGACUGUGUUUGAUGAUAACUGGGGCCUGCCAGACGCUAAUGUUGUGUGUCAGGAGCUGGACUGUGGGACUGCAGUCUCUGCCCUGCUUCGUUCUCACUUUGGGCCAGGAUCCGGACCCAUUGUGACUGGGGAUGUUUUCUGCAGCGGCGCUGAGCAUGCUCUGAGGGACUGUGAAGCAGAUACUUGGGAUCACUACGACGAACCACACACCAAUGAUGCAGGUGUCACCUGUUCAGGUGUGGUCCUGGGGAAGGAUGGCGGUGUGAUGAAGCUGAUGGUGUGGCCGUUCUGGCUGGGCCUGGGUGGAGCGAUCGGCUCUGGCCAGCAGGCCAUGCCAUGGAUCCAUGUGGAUGAUCUGAGUGGGAUCCUUGCCCACGCUCUGGAGAACGAGCGGGUCCUGGGGAUCUUGAACGGAGUGGCCCCAGCCCAGAGCACCAAUGGGGAGUUCGCCAGGGCACUGGCGCGGAGCCUCUCCCGGCCCUCGGUGCUGCCCCCAGUGCCCAGCUUUGUACUGCAGACCCUGCUGGGCGCCGAGCGGGCGGUCCUGCUGCUGGAGGGCCAGAGGGUUAUACCCAGGAGAACGCUGCAGACCGGGUACAGGUACCUCUACCCCGAGCUCCAGGCAGCUUUGAAGAGCAUCGUGUCCUGACCCCAGGCCCCCUUAGGCUGGGGGGGGGGGGGUGUGGUCAGAGGGUCAUAAGGUCAAGGCUGGGUGGAUGGUGAGUUUGGGGUUCAGAGGACAGUGAGGUCGGGGGUCAGAGGGUGAGGGGAUCAAGGGGUCAAAUUGGUGAGGUCAGGGAUCAGAGUUUGGUGAGGUUGGUGAUGUCAGGGGUUAGAGGAUGAUGAGUCAAAUGGUCAAAAUGGUGAGGUCGGAAAUCAGAGGGCGGUGAGGUCGGGAGUUAGAAGAUGAUGAGUCAAGGGGUCCAAGUGGUGAGGUAGGGGAUCAGAGGAUAGAGUUGGGGGGGUGUGUCAAAGGAUGGUGAGGUGAGGCGUCGGGGGAUGGAGAGGUCAAAGUCAGGUUGGCGAGGUGAGGGGUCAGAGGGCAGUGAGGCUGGGGGUGGUGUGUGGUGUGUGGUGUGUGUGUGGGGACAGUGUGUAGAGUGAUACUGUACUCUGUAUCUCACCGCAGUGUAGCGCGAGCUUUACAUUCAGUGUGGAAACGGUAGAGGGAGCCUGGUAAAUGCCUGAAUUGCUCCUGUCAACUGGACGUGAGAGGAUAUCACUUCCUGGUCACUGCACGGUCAGCAUUGGGAGCCUGUGACCCCGCGAGCGGCAGCGGCCCCUUCAAUUCCAGACGCUGCCGUGAUCCUUCAGCUGAUCCCUUUCACUCUGAAACCUGUGCGGGGCGACCGCCCUGAUACCAGGGGAUAAACACCGCGUUGGGGGGGCGGGGGGUGUACCAGCUGCCCCCACCCUCCCCGCUGAGCCCUGCGUCUGGCUCUACGCUAGUCUCCCUGCCGUCUGCAAGGCUCUCAGUAACCACCCCCCCCCCCCCCCCCCGUGCUGUGAUUGGGAUCACCCCUGUGCCUGCCUUAAUUUCCCGUACUGUCCUCGUCGCAGCGAAUGCUGCGUGUCGGAGCUGCAACAGGAAGAUUUCCUCAAUCGUCCAAGGUUGACCUCACUCUUCCCUCCACCCCCCCCAACUCCGUGGCCUGACUCUCCUCCACCACCCCCCCGCAAACCCCAGCUCAGUGCCGAUGGAACUAGCUCGCCAUUGCCAUCAAUGUUUGUGAGCUCCUACAGUUUUGGGGGCCUCCGUUCAUUCAUUGCGAUGGACCUGAUCGAUGGUACGGUUUUCCUGAAACCCACAUUUCCCCCCCCCCCCCCCCCCCCCGCCAUCGCUUUCGUUUUCAAAAUGUUAUCCAUUCCCCUUACGUUUGUUCGGCGAGGUGGUAUUGGCAGCAGAAGGGUUUGUGCACGCACGCGGAAAAGCAGAGCUUUUGAGUUUUUGUGUAUUUGUGGUUGUACUCGAAAUUGGUUUCUGCCACUGCUGUCUGGAAAGUGAACCCCUCGCCCUGACCCCCCACAGCGCUGCUGAGCAAACCCCCCCCAUCCCCCCCCCUCCCCGUCACGUGUAAAGCCGCCAGUGCCUUGGGAACCUGCAGGACUAGGGGUAUCUCUUCCGCUGUCGGCAACUUUGAGGGGCUAGCCGAUGAGGGGAGGGGUGAGACUGCUGAUGACUGCUUCAUCCUUCGUUCACGCUCUGAUGGUCUGAAGACGCCCCAGUUUAAGAAAAGAACUCAGCUCCUGCGUGCCCCCCCCCCCACCCACUUUGGGGUUAGUGCACUGGGAAUCAUGCCCUAAUAUCCACAGGAUCAUAAGGGAAGUUAAAGAUGUACAAAAGAGUGACUGGUUCACAGUUUGCAAAGUCCCUGCCUUUAUUGGUUGAAAGGCCAGCUCAUGGUAAGGAAGUACAAACACGUUUUCUCUGGCUGCGUACAUUGGGGGCAGGGGGACGCAGACGGUGACUUGUUUUCCUAGAGACCCGAUUGGCGCCCGACAACUGAUCGGCGUCCAGGUAGCCAAACGUAAGGAUGUCGCCAGGCAGAAAGGCCUUCGUCAUCAACAACAGUUCAUCGCUGUGCGGACCAAUCAGCUGCGUGUUAGCAGACGAAUCUCACUUUGUACAAACACCUUGGUGCCGGUUUGUCUGCAGCUCUCCACUUCUGCUGUAGGAGCAACAGUGUAAACAACACUUACAAUGAGCGUUUGUAGCUUGCUGCAAAGAUGUAAGAAAGACAAUCCUCACCCUAAAUAAGUUGACAAUCAAAAGUGCCGAACAAACUUAACAAUAAAGAUGUGAUCCUCACGGUCCCUUCUUCAGGAAUUGAACUGCA